AUGACGGCGGAGGACGCUACCGAGUUCGUGGAACUGCAUGGGUCAUUGCUCGAUCCUGUUCCGAGUACUCUGCGCGUCAGGCGACUCCCUACGCGAGACGGUUGUCCUCUAGUGCGAACGUUCCUUGCUUCGCAUAAUCCCCACGAGGUUCGGUUGAAGAUACCAGCUGUCUCCUUGCAAGGACGGACUCAUCCCACGAGCGAUGGCCACACCUCCACGUUCCAACGAGUUCUUCAAACACUGGAAACUCACACACCUUCAUCAAACAUAAUUGUGCAUUCAUCCACACCAAACAACAUAUCAGACGAUGACGACGACUUCCAGCUUCAGGAGCUUGAACAAACGAUGGGAGAUGUCACGUAUGCACCGCAUCCCAAAGCGCAAGGGCUUCGUCUGUCUCUCCAUGGACGGCCGCCCUUGGUGGCCCCCCGCUAUCCGCCACAGCGCUUCACAGCAGUCACGUUCACCGCGCAUAUCAGUGAUUUGACAAGGCGAACACAUCGGCGGGCUCUCAACGCUACAGCCCUUUCGCAACCCGUGCAGUCCAAGUUCCCGAUGCCAGACGUGAUCGGGGAUGAGCUGCUUGAACUCUUCACGGCCAGCGAUUUCAGACACCUUAUCUCCAGCGACUCACUGGAUGCUUGCUUGCGAUUCCUUCUUCGUUUCAAGAGACACAGCCACAUCCAUCGUAUUGCGACCGUGCUAAAGAACAAUGCUUACAGUCUUUCUCCCUCUAACCUCGAAGCUCUUUUGGAAGUUGCUGCGCAGCAGAGAUCAUUCGCGACUUUCUUCCAUUGGCUGAGCGUCAUGAUUGAGAGCGGCAUGGGCCCAACCGAUUAUGUCUGGGUAUCUGCACAUCGCCUCGCCUGCAAAGAAGCUCCUGACCAAGUUGAACUUCUCGAACAAGCCAUGCGGAAGAAGGGUGUUUUUGAAACCCCAUCCAUCGUGGCGGAGGUGGCCAAGAACAGCGUUGUACUUAGCCUGAGCGCGGCCUUGGAGAACGGAGAUCGAAUAGAGUCUUUGCUCGGCGAUUACGACGUGCGAUACGGUCCGCACAGAUCCUGGCUUACCGAGGGUAUAGUCAACAUGAUUGUCGGGAUCCUGCUCCAGCACGGGAGAAAGGAUGAGGCAAUGAAGUUGUUGAGCGAAGUUCGGACUGAUGAUGGUCCGCGAAGAGAACGCUUUGCUAGUCCCAGCACUUUGAAUGUCUUUGUUGCCGAUGCUCUGCGGAAUCAGGACAUGGGGGCAGCGGUCGCUUGGCUUCGUCAGUUGACGACUCAACCCCUUGAGCCCGCAGAGGCAUACGGACCGAAAUCAGGGCAUGCUUCCCCUGGAUGUGAUGAGAUGAUGCUGCUACCAAUCGAAGACCGACCCGUCGCUCCACCCAAGCUAGGGCAUCUCACGCAUGGCAUAUUGUUUCAGCUCGCAUGGAAGACCAGACACCUGAACUGCCUACGAAUAAUCUGGCACGUGCACAUGGGAUCGCCGCGUCAUACGGCGGACACAGAAGCAUCCGUGGUUUUAUCUCGUCAUACUCGUGUGUUUCCAGAGGCUCGGUACAAAAGAGCGGAAUGGACGAUGAGGAGGGACUUGUGGCACUUCUGGGCUGCCAGAUUUGCCAUUGGCAUUCGCAAUGGUGUGGCAUCUGAUAGCGAGCGGACUGAAACGACAUUCCGGCCAUUUUUCACGAAUGUCGAGCAGCCUGUGCGUCCGAUCCCUCUGGACCAGCGGCAACAAGCACUUCGGGACAGUGUGUCAAGCUCUAAUGCCGCGUGCCAACCUUACUCGUCCAAGGAAGAUCGGCAGGAGACACAACGUGCGGAAUCACAUCACAGCAACACAGGUUCUGCUGCACCUCAUCCGGUCGAACCAAUACGUAUCCUGGCGACCAAGGACUUGAGGAUGUUACUCGAACAAGACAUCUCGCAAGUUCGUCGUUCGCAUGCCACGCAGCCUUUUCUGGACAUGUUGGAACGAGCAUACAAGACGGACUGCGAAUGGAAAGAAGGCGGUCUUAGUCUUGCGAGGGGCGUGCUUGAUCGCAAGGUUUUCAUACAGAUGCUGGAGCGUGGUAUCGAUGUUCCUACCGAACGGAGGCCGUGA